AUGGCACUUCUCUUGUCAGUGAUAGCUUUUACGGCAAUCUUCAUUAUGCUGUCCGCCUACGAUAAACAGCCACAAUUCGACCUGCCACGAGGAAUCAACAUCAACACGAUCAUCGCCAUCCUAUCUACGAUUGUUAAAGCUACCUUAGUUUUUGUAGUGGCUGAAGUCGUCGGCCAAUCCAAAUGGGUCUGGGUAAAAAGUCCCCAGCGAUUGCGUGACGUGGAAUAUUUCCACGAAGCUGGCAGAGGGGCAUGGGGGUCUCUCAAAUUCUUGUUCAAACUGUGGAAACCAAUGACUACCGCCCUGGGAGCAGUGGUUAUCGUUGCCUCUUUCGCUAUCGCCCCUUUCUCUCAACAAGCUACAACAACACACCCGUGCGAAAUCGACGUCGAAGGAACCGCGUCAAUUGACGUCGCCCAAUGGAUUGGAACAGGGGCCGACGGUAAAAUGCCGGUCAUAAGUUCGAAGACCCAUGUUGCUGCUAUCACGGGUCUAAUAUACGGUCCGUCCAUCUCAGCAGCAGGCCCGACGGGGUUCCAAUGCGCGUCUGGGAAUUGCACGUUCGACGCAAUCGCAGAAAUAACACAUUCCUCGGUUGGCAUAUGUAGCAGAUGUGACAAGUUGGUCGUCCGCAAUGAGACGAGUGAAAACCGCACAACGUUCUCCAUCGAUAGGACGGACGAGAAUACGAAAUCUCCGAGGCCGAACAUAACCUGGCCCAUGAGCGAAGGUUCAGACGUAUUUGUCAUGGAUUCAAAUCAGCCGCCUGACUCGAAGGAAUCGGAGCGUGAUUUCGAGACAUCGUUCCUCUCGCUGAAGAUAGUGGAAUGCACUGAGGGAAUGUCUUCCUACGAAAAGGGGUCCCGAAACUGCGGCCAAAGUCCAGGGCUCACUUCAAACCAAGAUGGCCAGGGUUUUGAGAUUAUAGGAGCCAAAUGUCGACUCUAUCCAUGCUUUCGCAAUUACCAUGGGAGCAUUCUUAACGGGAGAUUGCACAAGCAAGAAAUCUCCUCAGUAAGAUGA